CGCCGCUUGAAUGGGGGAACCGCGCGGAGAGGAUGCUACAAAUCUGGUUCAGCAGGGCGAGUGCGCGCACGUGCGGAGAAGCGGCGCUUAGGGACCCAUAGCCGGGCAGCCUCCCCGUUUGCGCGCCGCGGGUCUCCCUGCUUUACUCUCCCGGUGGGAUCGAGGACAAGGGACGCGCAAAUUAAGCAGCAGCAAGCAACAGCCCGAGGGAGCCACGAUGAGUCCCGGUGGAUUGCAAACGCCUUUGCUAGCCUUGGCGGUCGUGCUCUGCGCCCAAGUUUCUGGAAACGGUGUGGAGAAGUGUAGGAGGAGGGAGUUCCAGUGCGGGAAUGGUGAAUGCAUCCCUUACAAAUGGAUAUGUGAUGGCAAGGCUGAAUGCCAGGACGGCUCUGAUGAAUCCUUGGAUGCCUGCAAGUCCGUGACCUGUGAGCCAGGGCAGUUCAGCUGUGGCGGCCGCAUCAAUCGGUGCAUUGAUAUGUCCUGGCGGUGUGACUCGCAGAUUGAUUGUGAGAAUGGCUCCGAUGAAGAAAACUGCCCCCCUAAACAUUGUGCUGACAGCGAGUUCCAGUGCAAAGAUGGGAACUGCAUUGCUUUGAGUUUUGUCUGUGACGAAGACCGCGACUGCGAGGACGGCAGCGACGAAGAAGGCUGCUCUGGCCCGACCUGCAGCCCCGAAAUGUUUCACUGCAACAGCUCAGAGUGCAUUCCCAAGCUCUGGGCCUGUGACAAAGAUGCGGACUGCAAGGAUGGGUCGGAUGAGUCGCCCGAGCAUUGUGGGAAGCUGGAGAAGGACAAUCCUUGCUCUCCGCUGGAGUUCCACUGCGGAAGCGGUGAAUGCAUCCAUCAGAAAUGGCAGUGCGAUGGGGGUUUUGAUUGUGCAGACAACUCAGACGAAGCAGACUGUGCUAAAGUCACAUGCCGCCCAGAUGAAUUUCAGUGCAAUGAUGGUACUUGCAUCCAUGGGAGCCUGCAGUGUAACAAGGAGAUUGACUGCAAAGACAGGAGUGAUGAGGUUGGCUGUGUCAACGUGACAACCUGUGAAGGACCAAACAUAUUCAAGUGCCAUUCUGGAGAAUGCAUCACUAUGGACAAGGUCUGCAAUGCGAAGAAAGACUGCAGGGAUUGGUCGGAUGAGCCCCUCAAGGAGUGCCGAACAAAUGAAUGUUUGGAUAAUAAGGGUGGUUGCUCCCACAUAUGCAACGAUCUCAAAAUUGGGUACGAGUGUUUAUGCCCUGAAGGAUUCCAGCUGAUUAACCAAAGAAAAUGUGAAGAUAUCGAUGAGUGUCUCAACCCUGAUACCUGUAGCCAAAUCUGUGUGAACUUGAAAGGAAGCUAUAAGUGUGAAUGUAAUGAAGGCUAUCAGAUUGACCCUACCACGAAGGCCUGCAAAGCCAUUGGCACCAUUGCAUAUCUCUUCUUCACCAAUCGGCAUGAGGUCAGGAAGAUGACUCUCGACCGCAGCGAGUACAGCAGCCUCAUCCCCCGUCUCAAAAACGCGGUGGCUUUAGAUAUGGAAAUAGCCAACAACAAACUCUACUGGUCUGACAGCUCUCAGAAAAAAAUAUACAGCACUCCAAUAGACAAAGCAGACAACCACUCUCACCAUGCCACCGUGAUUGACAGCGGGAUCAAAUACCCAGAUGGUCUCGCUGUGGACUGGGUGCACAGCAACAUCUACUGGGCUGACUCUGCCCUGGGCACAAUCUCCGUGGCCAGCAGUGAAGGCUUGAGGAGGAGGACCCUGAUCAAGGAAGUUGACGCCAAGCCGUGUGCCAUCGUGGUGGAUCCCGUCCACGGGUUUAUGUACUGGGCUGACUGGGGCACGUCUGCGAAAAUUGCCAAAAGUGGUCUGAAUGGGGUGGACAGUUUUCCCCUGGUGAAAGAAGGCAUUCUUUGGCCUAACGGAAUAACUCUAGAUCUGGCCAACCAGCGCCUCUACUGGGUAGACUCAAAGCUCCACUCCAUCUCCAGCAUAGAUGUGAAUGGGAGAAACAGAAAGACCAUCCUUGUGAAUGAGGACAAGCUGGCUCAUCCUUUUGCCAUCACAGUCUUUGAGGAUAAAGUGUUCUGGACAGAUGUCAUGAAUGAAGCCAUUUUCAGUGCCAACCGCCUGACCGGCUCCGAUAUCGUCAAGGUGGCAGGGGACCUGUAUUCACCCCAGGAUCUGACGUUGUUUCAUUCUGUACGGCAGCCCAAAGGUGUCAACUGGUGUGAGAAGAACGGAACUCCCAAUGGAGGCUGCCAAUACCUCUGUCUCCCUGCCCCGCAAAUCACUGCUCACUCCGCCAAGUACACCUGUGCCUGUCCUGAUGGCAUGCACCUGGCCGCAGACAUGAGAAGUUGCAGCAGAGACACUGUUCCCGAGGCUUCUGCUUCCGUUGCUGCCACAACAACUCGGCAGCCUCCCUCGAGAACCACACCUUUGGGCCGGUUGCUCGCCACAACCGGUGCCCCCAGGCAUGAAACUGAACGCCUGCCUGCCGCUGCCCCCACCGUUCUGAGCAAACUCAUCCCAGGCAUCUCUGAGCGUACCACGCCUCCGAUGGUCACCCUGUCGCAGCAAGCGCGAAACGGAAUUGCUGCUGAAACGGACGGGGCAAGGCAAGGGGGUCCCCCAGCGCUCUCAAUUGUCCUACCACUGGUGCUGAUUUGUUUAAUCUCCUUUGGGGGUUUCCUUGUUUGGAAGAACUGGCGCCUGAGGAACAUCAACAGCAUCAAUUUUGACAACCCUGUCUAUCAGAAAACGACGGAGGACGAGGUUCACAUCUGUCGGAGACAGGAGGGGUACACCUACCCAUCGAGACAAAUGGUCAGCCUGGAAGACGACACCACAGCGUGAGCCCACCUCAACGCCUCCAAGUGCCUCUCUCCAGACUUUUGCUGCUGCUUUUCUGGGAGAUCACGCAUGCCCUGGCUUCCGUUGUCUCUCAGCCGUCUGACGCCACUUCCCCAGUGACUCGAUGGACCUUUCCCUUCCUCAGCCCCUCACCUUUCCCUUUUUUAAAAGGAAGAAACUGUACGUCGGUCAGCAACUGUCUUUACAGGACAGAGCAGACGAACCAGGGCCACUUUGUUGAGUUUUUAUGUUUCGAUAUAUUUAUUGUUGUAUCCAGUGCUGCCACGGCACUGAUACGUCUGCUGUCCUCUGAGUCUCAUUUUUAAUCUGGGCAGGGUCACUUAUUACUAUUUUUUCACGCACGUGAAGGACGGUAACUUGACAAAGGCAGUGGCUGUUCUCUGGGUGCACACCUGGGUGUCUCGGGGUCCUCUUCACAAGCUGACCGUUGUGCCUGGCCCUUUUCUCUCCAAAGGCCUGACAGGCAGGCAUGAAGCAAGCUUGGAAGGGAAUCGGGAACAUGAGCCUUUGCUGAGAACUCGCCUUGCGUUUGUGAGCCUCUGGGCCCCUUUCUCCCAAGCUAGACUGGAGAAAAUUUUAAAGAGUGGAUUUUGCCAUCCGUGCCGCAAAGAAGAAACAGUGACUUCUGCCCUCUUAACGUCCAAAGAAAGGAAGGAAAACACGGAGGUGUCCUGGAUCCCUCUGUGGGCCCUGAGCUGCUAGAUCUCUCUCAGGCUUCCCCUGCCCCUUUCGUUUGAUUUCUUCUCGUUUCUCUUUGCGACCUGUGUAGCUUUGUAACCUUGCAUUUUCUGUAUUUGCACUUGAUUCCUUUCUUUUGGCUCUCUUGUCACGUGUUGCCAGGAGGGUGAGAGAGGGGGGAAGAACUGAACCAAUGAGACAAGCAGGCUGACUUUGGGGAGGGAAAAAGGGAGUUGUUGUGUUUUGCUCGGUGCUGGUCCGUUUUGUGCCUUUCGGCAGGUGGACAAAGGGCAAUAGAUUGUGCUGGCCAAGAAAGCAGGAAUUGAAGCCAUUCUCCUGUGUCUUCUACCUUCGUCACAGGUUUACAGUUGCCUUAUCACUGCAUCUCUCUAUGCCAGGUAUAUUUUUUACAAAUUUCCUGUCCUUAGCUUUGCCUUAUUUUGUAUACUGUUAUCCCUUCUCUUACUAACGGAGGGCUUCUUAAUUAAGGCAAAUGCCAAAUGGGACUCCCAGCCCCCUUCUAGAGUUGCACUAAACUCUGAUUCUGCACCUUAGUUGAAAUAUAUAUAUAUAU